AUGUCCCAGAGACAACAGAGGCAGCAGGUGUCCCAAAACACAAUAAACUUCCAGACUUCAGGGAUCAGUACAUCUGAAAAAAAUGAUAAUAUGUCGGGUAUGAAUAGAAUUAAUUCCAACCAUAUCAAAUCACCAUCGAUUCCAGGAGACCAGCCAGCACAAAAAUAUAACAAUGUAUUCCCCAAUCAACAGGCAGAAAGACUUCUGCUUUUCAGAACGAAGACUGAAAAUUAUCAAUCUGCCCUAGGUAUUAAUUUUGAAAGCUCAAAGAAAGCGGCCGAUAGCCCAAAUUUAAGCACUUACACCAUGAGUCCCAAUGCAGAUACUGGGGACCAUGGAUUUCAGCCUAUUAGCAGGUCUAAUACUUUUGAUUUCUACAAAAAUUCAAAUAAUUCAGAUAGCUCAAUCACACCAUCUUUCUUGAAUGUUGGAAGCACAUUGAAUGCAUCAAUAUCUAAUCUCACCUUUAGCCCCCUUAGCACUACUCGAACCAAUGCUUCUGAAGGCAUUGUCAUUUCACCUGGCCUUAAAGAAAAAACAACGCCGUUAGAGAAGGCAAGAUUAUUCGCACAGAAGGCAAGUGGAAAAUCUAGUCGAGAUUCGUUUUUUCCAAAAAGAAGAACUUCAAACACAGAUGAUGCCGAAAGCAUAUUGAAAGGAAAAGCCAAACUAUUACAAGCUGGAUCAAGCAGUAAAGCGAAGCAUGACCAUAAAAAAAAUAUAUUGCCAGAAUUUGCCUCUCUUUCUAAACCAAGGGUUCCUUCAGCUAGUGAUGGAUCCAGUAGAAGGUCAUCUUCGGAAAAUCGGAGAAUACCGACGACCAUAAAUGAGCUCAGUGAUAGCACCACAAUCAGAAACUUUUCUCACCACUCGCAUCAUCAUUUGAAACUUAAAUCGAGAAGAGAUGGGGUACCUAAUGUGCUUUCUUCCUCCUCCUCGAAUUCAAAGUUUAUUUCUGACUUUCCAGCAUUGUAUAGUUUUCACCCUAGUGCAAAUACUACUUCUACUAAUGAGGUUUUGAGAAUUGUUACCAAUCUUGAGGCCGAGAUCUUGUCCCAGCCAUUGACUGAAACAAAGAAAAACGAAUAUAUCGACAGGCUAUUGCAUCUAUUAUAUUCUUGUGUUUUACCACUUUUCAAAGGCGAAAUUUUGUCAACUCCAAUUGAAGAUUUAAACAAAUUGGUUGAGAUUUAUUUAAUGUUGAGGAUAAAUAAUAAUGAUGUUGAGAAGGAAUUGAAUGAUAUUAACUUGGAUAGUGGUGAUGUAUCUACAUCUUCUGAUGCCAAGGUCAUUGUUAAAGAGUUUCAGGAUUUUAUUAAAGUUGGAAUUUCAUUGAUGGAAAAUCAAUCAAACAUUGAUAAUGUCACACAUAAAUACUCGAGGUUGAAUAGAUUUGGUGGGCGAUUUAAUCACGAUUCAAGCUCUUCAACUACUUUGGAUUCAAAUUCUAGCGUUAGUAGCUCUUCAGAGUCACAACUGUGUUCCCGUAACAGUUAUGAGAUUGAAAACAAAGUUGCUGCAUUAUGGGAUUUCUUCCUUCAUGACAUAUUAUCCUAUUUGGAAGCUAUUUUUCUACCGUUACAGAUGGAAUUUGAGGGUUCUGGCUUAAUUUUGAAUAAUCCCGCCAUUGCUCAUAGCUUUUGGUCACAAUUAUUAGUUUCCGAUGAUGAAAAUAUGGUAAGGCGGUACUUGUUGUUAGUAUUCAGAGACUCAAUAAUCAUACCAAUGGUUGAAAAGCUUGGCAAUGUGACUAAUUUUUUUGCCGAAUAUCAUGGAAACAACAUUUCUACGGAAGAUGUCUGGAGAAAUGAUGACUUUUAUGCUCAAAAGCUUUGUUUGCUCCGGUGUUUUGGAAUUUUGUCAACUACACAAGCAAAAGAUUAUAAUCAGAAAGUCGUUGAAGGUUUACUAGAUAUCAUGAAGCAGCAAACCAGAAUUUAG